AUGUUGAAAAAAGUGAAGCGAAAAGUCAAAGUCUUGAUCACCAAACCCUUUAAAAAGCCCAAGAGCAGACCUCUGCCUCCAUCACCACCUCCUGCUCUUCCUCCUCCACCGCCUCCUGAAAUGGCUUCCUCGAGACCAAAAAACGCUCCGUUUCUCUUCCCGACAUCCAAUUCCUCUGUUUUACCCGACCCGUCUCGUUUCUUCAGCCCCGAUCUCCUCUCGGCUCCUCUCCCAACAAACUCCUUCUUCCAAAACUUCACUCUCAAAAACGGCGACCAAGCCGAGUACUUUCACCCUUACAUCAUCAAAUCGUCGGAUUCAUCUAUCUCCAUCUCAUACCCAUCUCUUUCUCACAACUCUGCUUUCAUCUACGAGGCUUUCAACGCCGACAUCACCAUCUCCGGCUCAGAUGGACCCGACCAGCAUUCCCGGAAAUCUCAUCUAAUCUCUUCGUUCAGCGAUCUCGGCGUCACGCUCGAUUUCCCUUCCUCCAAUCUCAGAUUCUUCCUCGUCAGAGGAAGCCCUUUCAUCACCUGCUCCGUCUCCUCUGGUAACUCCUCCAUCAAAAUCUCAACGAUCCACGCGGUUUUAUCGUUUUCCGGGAACAGCUCAUCUACCAAGUACACCGCGAAACUCAACAACAACCAGACGUGGCUGAUUUACGCGUCCUCGCCGAUUAAUCUGGCCAACGACGGCGGUUCUUCGAUAAAUUGCAGUGGUGGGUUUUCGGGUAUAAUCCGGAUCGCCGUGUUACCGGAUUCAAAUCCAGAUUUUGAAUCGAUCCUCGACCGAUUCAGUUGCUGUUACCCGAUUUCCGGCGACGCUGAUUUCAAAAAACCAUUCGCUUUGGAAUAUAAAUGGGAGAAGAGAGGCUACGGAGAUCUCCUGAUGCUCGCUCAUCCUCUUCAUCUCAAGCUUUUAGCGACCGACGAUUGUUCCGUCACCGUUCUAGAUCAAUUCAGGUACAGAAGUCUCGACGGAGAUUUGGUAGGUGUCGUCGGAGAUUCAUGGGUUUUGAAACCCGACCCUGUUUCGGUGACGUGGCACUCCAUCAAAGGAGUCAAAGAAGAUUCUCACGAAGAGAUCAUCUCAGCGCUCGUCAAAGACGUUAACGCCUUGGAUCCAUCAGCUCCGGUCACGAACUCGUCGUACUUCUACGCGAAGUUGAUCGCGAGAGCCGCGAGAUUGGCUUUGAUCGCCGAAGAAGUUUGCCAUCUCGAUGUGAUCCCGGCGAUUAGAAACUACUUAAAGAAGAUGAUCGAGCCGUGGUUAGACGGGAGUUUCGAACCGAACGGGUUUCUGUACGAUCCGAAAUGGGGAGGUGUGAUCACGAAGCAAGGAUCCGGAGACUCCGGAGCGGAUUUCGGAUUCGGGAUUUACAACGAUCACCAUUAUCACCUGGGCUACUUUCUCUACGCGAUUGCUGUGCUCGCUAAGAUCGAUCCUUUGUGGGGGAAGAGAUUCAGACCUCAGGCGUAUACUCUCAUGGCGGAUUACAUGACAUUGGGGAAGAAGAAAGGGGCUAGCUCCAGUUCCAACUCCGUUUACCCGCGUUUGAGAUGCUUCGAUCUUUUCAAGCUUCAUUCUUGGGCUGGAGGGUUAACGGAGUUUGCCGACGGGAGGAAUCAGGAGAGCACGAGCGAGGCCGUGAACGCGUACUACUCCGCUGCUUUGUUAGGGUUAGCUUACGGCGAUACACAUUUGGUGGCGGUGGCUUCGACGGUCUUGUCGCUUGAGAUUCAUGCCGCAAAAAUGUGGUGGCAGGUGAAAGAAGACGACACAAUAUACCCAAAAGAUUUCACGGCGGAGAAUCGUGUGGUUGGAGUUUUAUGGUCGACGAAGAGAGACAGUGGCUUAUGGUUCGGGCCGAAGGAAUGGAAAGAGUGUCGCCUGGGAAUACAGUUAUUACCGAUACUUCCAGUCUCGGAAAUUCUCUUCUCCGAUGUGAUAUUCGUGAAGCAGCUCGUGAAUUGGACUUUGCCGGCGUUGGCGAGAGAAGGCGUCGGAGAAGGGUGGAAAGGAUUCGUGUAUGCUUUGGAAAGUAUCUACGACAAAGAUGGAGCGAUCGAGAAGGUUAAAGGAUUAAAUGGGCAUGACGAUGGGAACUCUCUGACUAAUAUGUUGUGGUGGAUUCAUAGUAGAAACUGUGGUGAUUACGAUGAUGAUGAAGACGAGGAAGGUGGUUACGGUGGUCAUGGCGGUGGCGGGAAGUAUUGUUCGUUUGGUCACUAUUGUAAUUAA